AUUUUUUCGCUCAUAAAAUAUCUUAAACCUUCACCGUCUCCUUACCCACAAUCGAAAACUUCAUUUUCCUGCCAUUUUCCCGUAUCAUCCAUGGCUUCCAUCACGGCUGACCUUGCAGCUUCCUUCAUUGGCGUCAGUUUUCGAACCCCAAAUCCAAAUCGCAAUCGCUUCGCCCGAAUCGGAACCACCCUCUAUCCUCUGUUUUACACUUCCCAGAGAACCCAUACUCAAGUUCUCUCCCACUCUUCCUUCAAUGUUGCCAAGCCCAGGAGAUGUGCUCGCAGGUUCACAGUUGCUGCAACCUCCACGACCACGCCCCAGAGUGAGAGUUCCGAUGUUACCACCUUGAUUCCCCCCGAUAAUCGCAUCCCAGCUACUAUCAUUACUGGGUUUUUGGGUUCUGGAAAGACGACAUUACUGAACCAUAUUUUGACUGCGGAGCAUGGAAAGCGAAUUGCAGUUAUUGAGAAUGAGUUUGGUGAAAUUGACAUAGACGGUUCGUUAGUAGCUGCAAAAACUACUGGGGCUGAGGAUAUUGUAAUGCUAAACAACGGCUGCCUUUGCUGCACUGUGAGGGGUGAUCUUGUGAGAAUGAUCGCAGAAUUAGUCAGUAAGAAGAAAGGGAAGUUUGAUCAUAUUGUUAUAGAAACUACAGGUUUGGCAAAUCCAGCACCGAUUAUUCAAACAUUCUAUGCAGAGGAUCAGGUUUUUAAUGAUGUGAAGUUGGAUGGUGUUGUCACCUUGGUUGAUGCUAAGCAUGCUAGUUUUCAUCUUGAUGAGAUUAAACCUAAAGGUGUUGUGAACGAGGCAGUGGAACAGAUUGCUUAUGCUGAUCGUAUAAUUGUAAAUAAGACUGAUCUGGUGGGUGAAUCAGACAUUGCUUCUUUGGUCCAGCGGAUAAGGAAAAUAAAUAGCAUGGCUCAUUUAAACCGUACAGAGUUUGGGAAAGUUGACUUGGAUUAUGUCCUUGGCAUUGGGGGCUUUGAUUUGGAGAGGAUUGAGAGUGCUGUUGAUGUUGAAGGCUCAAAGGAAGAUCACGAUCAUAGCCAUGACCAUGAUCACCACCAUCACCAUGACCAUGAGCAUGAUCAUAAUUUGCUAUAUUUACGAGUAUGGAGUGCUGAUAAUUUACGGUCACUUCUCUAUUCAAUGUUUGAACACCAUAAUGGGCACCAUUCUCACGAUCACAGCCAUGAUCCUGGUGUUACGUCUGUGAGCAUUGUUUGUGAGGGAAGUUUAGACCUUGAGAAGGCUAACAUGUGGCUUGGCACAUUGUUGUUGGAACGAAGUGAAGACAUUUAUAGGAUGAAGGGCCUUCUAUCUGUUCAAGGAAUGGACGAGAGAUUUGUCUUUCAGGGAGUACAUGACAUAUUUCAAGGUUCACCAGAUCGGUUGUGGGGGGCAGAUGAACCAAGGGUUAACAAAAUCGUAUUCAUUGGAAAGAACUUGAAUGCUGAGGAAUUGGAAAAGGGGUUUAAAGCCUGCGUGCUGUGAUGCUAACACUUUGAUUCUAACCUCAGAUUUCACCCUAUGGCUGAUUGCGUUUUGGGGUAUUUUAGAUGUGAGCCUCUGGAUCAUAUUCAUAUACCAUUGCUAUGUACAACUCUGAACUGAUUUUGAUUAUAUAAAUAUAUGGGAAGCAACACAAAAUGGCAAUUUAUAAGCAA